UGGGACCCCAUGAGCCGCCCUGUACGACUCUCUCCCGUGCGCCCCGCCCCCGGGGCCCCGUGCCGUCCCCUGCGCCCGCCUCCCGCCGCUCCAACCCGAACGCCCCGCCCGCCAGCCAUACCGGAAUCCCGGUCUUCCUAGUGCGCCCCUCCUGGUCACGCCCGGCGCGGACCCGGGCCCUCGGACGCAGGGCGCGAUGGCUGCCCCGGCCCCAGUCACACGGCAGGUCAGCGGCCGCGCAGCCCCAGCCCCGACCGGCUCGGAGCACGGGGAGCCCCUGGCUGCAGCGCUGGCCGAGCUGCCUGUGCUGGACGCCUCCGGGAAGCGGGUGCCGUUCGGCGCGCUGUUCCUGGAGCGCCGGGCCGUGGUGGUCUUCGUGCGGCAUUUCCUGUGUUACAUCUGCAAGGAAUACGUAGAAGAUCUGGCCAAAAUCCCCAAGAGUUUUUUGCAAGAAGCAAAUGUCACCCUUAUAGUGAUUGGACAGUCGUCCUACCAUCAUAUUGAGCCUUUCUGCAAAUUGACUGGGUAUUCUCAUGAAAUCUAUGUUGAUCCUGAGAGAGAAAUUUAUAAAAGAUUGGGAAUGAAAAGAGGUGAAGAAAUUGCCUCCUCAGGACAGAGCCCCCAUGUAAAGUCAAAUACACUCUCAGGAAGCAUUCAGAGCCUGUGGCGGGCAGUGACUGGCCCUCUGUUUGAUUUUCAAGGAGACCCAGCUCAGCAGGGUGGAACCCUCGUCUUAGGUCCAGGUAAUAACGUUCACUUCAUACACCGCGACAGGAACAGAUUGGAUCACAAACCCAUCAACUCCGUCCUGCAGCUUGUUGGAGUUCAGCAUGUGAACUUUACCAGCAGACCUUCAGUUAUCCAUGUGUGACUCGGCACAGAAUUUCUGCCUUUCAGUUGGAUCCUGGAGAAGAGGACCUUAAAUAUUUGGGAUAUGGUUUCCUAGUCUCACUUGCUGACCCUUCCAGUCUCCCAGGAGUUACAAAAACAUAUGGAGAUAAUGUGACAAUUGAACUGCAUGUUGAGAGGCUGUGGAAAUGCAAAAUACCAGAAAUGGAUUGGCUUUAUCAAUGGGGGUUUAUCGGUUACAAAUUUACAGUUCUGAGGCCAUGAAAAUGUCCCAAUUAAGGCAUCAAUAGGACGAUAUCUUUUCAGAAAAAAGGCUGCUGGCCUCUGGGGUUCCUCUGCCACAUGGGAAGGCACAGGCUGUAAAGCUAUAUAAAGCUAUAAAAUUAAAAAUACCAUUCUUAACAUUGGUUUAUGUUACGAUAUAUCCAUUCAAUAGAAAAGUAUUUUUUUGCUGUUAAAUUCAUAAAUUUCUAUAAAGACUAUUAAGGGCAAGGGAAAGUGAUAUUAAAGACCAUUUUAUUCAGUGAAAAAGCAGGAUAUAAAAUUGUAAAAACAAUAUAAUCCCAUUUUAUAUGUAUAUGUUUAUAUUUUUUAUGCUUAGGGAAAAAAACAGGAAAUAAACAUACCAGAAUAUUGCCAGUAAGGUGUCUCUACUUGGUAGCAUUAUGAGGUUUUUAUUUUCUUCUCCAUACAUUUCUGUAUUUUCCAGUUGCUCUAUAAUAAGCAUAACUAAUUUUUUAGGCCAGGAAAAGAUUGUUAAAAUUAUAUGAAGAACAUAUUCCUAUAUAACAAGCUCCUCAAAGUUGCAAAUUAUAUAGGCCACUGUCCACAUGUUUUCAUCCUGAUUGCUUUUUGAGGAAAAGAUGUGGCAAAUGGAAUACCUUUCUACUAGCCCGUGUUGAAAGCAUCUCUCUUGUCACCACCCACCCACUAUCGAUUUCACUAGAAUUUUUUUUUUUUUUUUUGGUGAAAGGGAAAAAAUAUUUGCAUUAGGUACUUAAGAUAUAUAUUUAAAAUAUGAUCGGUGUACUUUUUGAAAGGAAAUUUAAAAAUGUGUUUAAACUAGAAAAGCUUUUUAACUUGAAUGUACACUGUGGUUUGGGUGUACCUUGCUAGACAGCUGCUAUGUCACCUCCAAAUUGCAUUUAUUUAGAGGAUUAUUGUCAUCAAUUAUCUUUCUAGAAUCUUAAUAUGUUUUAAUGUCGGAUGUGUCCCAGCAGUUCUGAUGAAAAGUACAGCAAAAUGAAAAUAUCGGUAAUUGUUAACACUUAUGGCACUGCUUUGAACUUAUACUUUUAUAUACAGCCUAUGCAGUCAUACAGAAAAUAUAUAUGUGAUGUCUCCAAAUAUAUGAAUGUUGUUUUCACAUGUAUGUACACGGACAAUUAUGCUUUUAAUCAAUAAAAGUGUAAUUUCUCAUAAAAUUUACAAUUAA